GGUGGGUUAUCUUUAGAUUUGAAAAGCAAAUAUUUCUUUAUCGGUUGUACAAUUUUUGAAGAUUACGUGUUGGUUUUAGUUUUCUAUAGGGUUGAUUUGUUUCGUACUUUGUACCCAUCAGGUCUAUUGCUUGCUAGUGUCAUUUUUUUAUGAAUGUGAAUAAUAGUAGUUAAAUUAUUCAAUCUAGUAUAUAUAAAAUUCAAAAAAAUGGCAAGUUGUAGAAUAUUUGGAGCACUUAUGCGUUUUUCACAUAAAAAAAUUCAUUUAACAAAAUCAGCAAUAGUACAACCAUUGAGGAUACUUACAAGUAUAACAGGCAAAAAGCAUUUCAAAUGUAAAGUUGUUGAUGAUGUUGCAGUUAUUACUUUAGAUUCUCCAGGAACUAAGGUGAACACAUUAAAUUCAGAAGUAAUGGAAGAAAUAAUUGGUGUUCUGGACGAUAUAAAAACCAACACAGCUGUCAAGUCUGCUGUCUUAAUAAGCGGAAAACCAGGUAGUUUUAUUGCAGGUGCAGAUUUGACUAUGUUACAAAAGUGCCAAACUGAAAAAGAUGGUUAUGAUAUUUCAAAGACUGGUCAACGAAUUUUAAAUAAUAUAGCAGAAAGUAAAAAGCCUAUUGUAGCAGCUAUUCAAGGAGGUUGUCUUGGUGGUGGUUUAGAGGUUGCAUUGGCAUGUCACUAUCGAAUUGCUGUUAAUGACACCAAAACUGGUCUAGGCUUACCAGAAGUAAUGGUUGGCCUUCUUCCGGGUGCAGGAGGUACACAACGGUUACCUAAACUUAUUUCAGUUCCAAAUGUGCUUGAUAUGGUUCUUACUGGCAAAACUCUUAAAGCGAAGAAAGCUAAAUCAGUUGGAUUAGUUGACAUGCUGGUUAACAGUCUUGGUCCAGGUUUAACAUCACCAGAAGAAAAUACUUUACACUAUUUGGAAGAAAUUGCUAUAAGAACUGCUAAAGAUAUAGUAAAUGGAAAUUUGAAAGUUGAUUGUAAUCCAAGGACAAUACAAGAUAAAGUUCUAAAUUAUGCCCUAACUUUUGAAUUCGUAAAAAAUCAAAUAUUUAACAGGGCAAAAGCACAAGUUAUGAAAAUGACAGGAGGACUUUAUCCUGCCCCUUUAAAAAUUUUAGAAGUAGUUCGUACGGGUUUAGAUAAAGGACCAGUUGUAGGUUAUGAGGCAGAAGCUAAGGCUUUCGGUCAAUUAGCAAUUACCCCACAGUGUAAAGGUCUUACAAGUCUCUUUUUUGGGCAGACAGCUUGCAAAAGAAAUCGUUUUGGAGUACCAAAGAAUGCUGUCAAAAAGAUAUCCAUUAUUGGUGCUGGUUUAAUGGGUGCAGGUAUUGCACAAGUAAGUAUUGACAAAGGAUAUCAUGUUGUUUUGAAAGAUACUAAUGAAGCUGGAUUAUUCCGUGGAGUGGGUCAAAUUCAGAAAGGUUUUGAUAAUGCUGUAAAAAGACAUCGUUUUUCCAAAAUACAAAAAGAUAAAUAUUUGGCUAAUCUUGAGCCCACGUUACAGUAUGAUUUAUUCAAAAAUACAGAUCUAGUUAUUGAAGCAGUAUUUGAAGAUAUUGCUAUUAAACAUAAAGUCAUCAAAGAAAUUGAGGCACAUGCUCCAGAAUAUUGUAUUAUUGCAACAAAUACAUCUGCGAUUCCUAUAGCAAAAAUUGCUGCUGGAAGUAGUCGUCCAGAAAAAGUGAUUGGUAUGCAUUACUUCUCACCAGUAGACAAGAUGCAGUUAUUGGAAAUAAUUACUCAUAAAGAUACAGCAGAUGAAACUAUAAAAACAGCUGUAGAAGUUGGUUUAAAACAAGGCAAAACUGUUAUCACAGUUGGAGAUGGGCCUGGAUUUUAUACCACAAGAAUACUCUCUGCCAUGAUUUCAGAAGCGAUUAGAUUGAUGCAGGAAGGUGUUGAUCCCGUAGUUUUGGACAACUUAACCAAAUCAUUUGGAUUUCCUGUAGGAGCAGCAACUUUAUCUGAUGAAGUUGGUAUCGACGUUGGAGCACAUAUUAGUGUAGAUUUAGGAAAAGCUUUGGGUGAACGUUUUUCAGGAGGAAACGAGAAUAUUAUGUCAGAUAUGGUCAAGGCUGGCUUUCUUGGCCGCAAAUCGGGCAAAGGUAUAUUCAUAUAUGAAAAGAAUACAAAAAAUAAAGACGUUAAUUUGGAAGCAUUAAAUAUUUUAAAAAAAUAUGCAAUUCAACCUAAAGGAAGUACUUCCUCUGAAGAUCGUCAAAUGAGAAUGGUGUCUAGAUUUGUCAACGAAGCGGUACUUUGCUUAGAGGAUAAUAUCUUAGCAAAUCCUUUGGAAGGUGAUGUUGGAGCUGUCUUUGGAUUAGGUUUUCCACCGUUUACUGGAGGACCUUUCAGGUGGGUAGAUUCAUAUGGGGCACACAGAUUGGUGAAAAUUAUGGAAGAAUUUCAAAGUCACUAUGGCCUUGCUUUUAAACCGUGCCAAAUGUUAUACGAUAUGGCAUCUGAUUCAACGAAAAAAUUUUAUAAAUAACAGGAAAAUGUCCAAUACUUUUAACAUCUAUUUAAAAUGAAGUAUACGAGCAUUUAUUUUAUAAAUAAGCAUUAUACUAUGGUAAACAAUGAGAUUUUCAAUAUGUUUUAACAUUAUAGUUGCUAUCUGAUUUUAAAACAAUGCAAUUUAUACUGUUAUAUAGUUUAUAAGAUGUUUUAUAAUUUUUUAUAUAAUCAUAUACAGAAUGGUAAUAAAAGGGUCCGAUAUUUUAAGAACUUAUAGUUCUUAUCAAUAGGACUAAAAAAUGUUUAAUUAAUAUGGAUCCUAAAAUCAAUUUUUCGAUGUAAAUUAACUUUUAUUAUUUAUGAGUGCUUAAUAUCAUAAGCAAGUUUUUACGCAACAUAUUAAAUUUACACAGAAGAAUUUACUUAGAAAUAUUUUAAUUUAAGGUUGUCAAGAUAACUUUAUUAUGAAAAUAAGCAAAGACUAUUACUAUAUCAACAAAUAUUACUUCGUAGACAUUAUAAUAUCGAAUGCUCUUAAAUAAUAAAAGUUAACUUAUAUCGAAAGGGUUAAUUUCAGGACCUAUGUUAAUUAGACAUUUUUUACUCCUCUCGGCGAAUACCACAAGCCCUUCAAAUAUUGAACCCUUUUCUUUACCACCCUGUAUAUAUUGUUAUAUCUAUAUGUAUAUAUAUAUAUAUACCAUAAUGUAUAAUAAGCUUAUUUUU